AUGAGCCACGCAAGGGGAAAGGCGGAUGCAGCUGAAGGUGUGGCCCUGAAGGCUUGCGAGGAAUGUCGGAUGGCCAGGGUCGCUGCCAAGGAACUCUCGCCGUCAUUCCAUAUCCAUGGAAACGGUGAAUCCAACGGUCUGGAGUGCCAGCGGCCCAAUAAGCACCAGGACAACAAAGACCACGAGAUCAUUUCCACGGGAACUGACAGUCCUGAGCUGUGCACCCCGGACACCACGCCUCCCUUGAUAACGCCUGACCUCAGCCCAGUCCUGAGCCUCCCCCCCUCGCCCCCCCGCAGCCCGCCGACCUCUAAACAAGGCCACUCUCACCGUCCCAGAAACGCCUGCUUCAUGCGGCAGAGCGCUGUGGACGACCAGGGAGGAGGAGCAGAGAUACAGGUGCUAGUGGAGGGGCGGGGCAUGGAUCUCCAGAGGGGAGGAGCUAACAACUGGACAGAGGACAUGUAUCCAGACCGGGGGGGUCACAGCAGCCAAUCCACCCCUCCAUCUCUACUGGAGGAGCAGGAGGGACAAGUCAACGGCCACCAGCAGGUCCCGUCCAACCACAAACCGAGGGAGAAGGCCUCGACCAACCACAAGUCCCGGGAGCACACUUCCUCUUCCUAUAGGUCGUGGGAGCACUCCUCCUCGUACAACCAGAAGCCCUCAAAGCACACCUCAUCCAAUCACAAGUCCCGGGAGUACAUGCCGUCCAAUCACAAAACAUGGGAUCAUUCCUCCUCCUCCACCAAUCACAAGGCCUGUGAGAAUGCCUCUUCCAAUUACAAGCAGCAGGUGCACAUUUCAUCCAAUCACAAAGCCUUGGAGCAUAACCUGUCCAAUCACAAGACUUCUGAGCAUGCUUCUUCCAAUCACAAGUCGUGCCAAGAUUAUACCUGCUCCAAUCACAUCCCAAAGGACAAUGUAUCCUCAGCCAAUCACAAUGACCCCCGAGAGCAUGUGUACUCCAACCAUCACUCCAAGCAGCAGCACAUCUCAUCCAAUCACAAGCUUAGCAAGCAUGCCUUGCCCGACCCCGGGCUCGACAGCCCCGCAGGGGGCUGGACUGCCGAAGGCGCCCUGCAGUGGAGCCCUGCCCACUCGCGCCUCAUGGACCGAGAGGAAGAGGAGGACAGGCUGGGAGACUACACAGUAGACAUGAGGUUCCAGCCCCUGGACUCCACUACCCAGAUGUCCCCUGGCCAUUGCCCCAAAAGCAGGCUGCGCCCGCGGGGCCUGCGGCCGGUCAAGGAGGGCUCCAUGGACUCUGUACAGAUGCUGGACACUCUGAAUGUGGGGGCGGAGCAGGAGGAGUGGCCCCUGCACAGGGACCUCACUCUCUCCCCGCCUCUCAAGUCUCAGCCAAUCACCUUGGAGCAGGAUGGGGAGCACCACACCCUCAAAUCAAACUCAGGCUCCAGCUCUGUCCUGGUUGUCAUGGUUAUUUUACUCAACAUUGGAGUAGCCCUCCUCUUCAUCCAUUUCUUCAUUUAACCUUCCUUCUAUGAUCUACUAAGUCAUAUUAUUAUUAUAAUGACUUAUAUAAGUUAUUAUUGAUACAGACAUGACUCUGCCAAGUGGAGCAGCGUGGGAGGAGCGGAGGAGUGGCGACGGACAUCGGUGUUUCUAUUGUCGUUAACCUCCUGCUGUCCCCUUCUCCAGCCCUUUGAUGUUUAUCUCAUCUCAUGUCACAGACUCAGUUAAGGUAUAUAAUUCAACGGAUUUAUCCAUCUGCCUUGAGUUUCUAAAACACUACACUUUUUUUUUUUAAUUUU